AGAAGCGAGGAAGGUCUCCGGCCGGUUUUCGAGUCUCACCGCAUCUCUGAUUUCUCUCCCUGCGGGCAGGGCGGUUUUUUCCCAGAGCACGUGAAGUCUAUGACCAGCUUACGAUGGCUGAAGCUGAACCGGACGGGCCUCUGCUACUUACCGGAGGAACUUUCUGCCCUCCACAAGCUGGAGCACCUCUCCGUGAGCCACAACAACCUGACCACCCUCCACGGAGAAUUCUCCAGCCUCCCUUGCCUGCGGGCCAUUGUCGCUCGGGCUAAUGCGCUGAAGAACUCUGGGAUCCCUUACGAGAUCUUCCAGCUGGACGACCUCUCGGUCUUGGACCUGAGCUACAACCAGCUGACCGAGUGCCCUCGGGAGCUUGAGAACGCCAAGAAUAUCCUUGUGCUCAACCUCAAACACAACAGCAUAGAUAAUAUCCCCAACCAGCUCUUCAUCAACCUGACAGACCUGCUUUACCUGGAUUUGAGUGACAACAAGCUGGAGAGUUUGCCCCCCCAGAUGAGGCGCUUGGUGCACCUGCAGACCUUAAUUUUGAAUAAUAACCCUCUCAUGCACGCCCAGCUCAGGCAACUCCCAGCCAUGACGGCGCUGCAGACGCUCCACCUCCGGAAUACGCAGCGGACCCAGAGCAACCUGCCGACGAGUUUGGAAGGCCUGGCCAACCUGGCAGACGUGGAUCUCUCUUGCAACGAUUUGAGCCGGGUUCCAGAAUGUCUCUACACUCUGUCCAACCUGCGGCGUCUGAAUCUGAGCACCAACCAGAUUCCGGAGCUGUCUCUCUGCAUUGACCAGUGGACUCAACUCGAGACCCUCAACCUCUCAAGGAACCAGGUCACUUCCCUACCGUCUGCCAUCUGCAAACUCACCAAACUGAAGAAGCUCUACUUGAAUUCCAACAAGCUGGACUUCGACGGCAUUCCCUCGGGCAUUGGGAAGCUGGCUAACCUGGAGGAAUUUAUGGCCGCCAACAACAACCUGGAGCUGAUUCCCGAAAGCCUGUGCAGGUGCGCGAAACUCAAGAAACUGGUUUUGAACAAGAACCGCCUGGUGACCUUGCCGGAAGCUGUGCAUUUUCUGACAGACGUCGAGAUCUUGGAUGUCCGGGAGAACCCGAACCUGGUGAUGCCCCCUAAGCCUGUAGACCGAACUUCAGAGUGGUACAACAUCGACUUCUCCCUCCAGAAUCAGUUGCGACUGGCUGGGGCUUCUCCGGCCACGGUGGCAGCGGCGGCAGGAGGAAGCAGUCCAAAGGACCCCAUGGCGCGAAAAAUGCGCUUGCGGAGGCGCAAAGACUCGGCACAAGAUGAUCAAGCUAAGCAGGUGUUGAAAGGCAUGUCAGAUGUGGCCCAGGAGAAAAAUAAGAAGAUGGAGGAGAAUGGAGAUCUAAAAUACACAGAUCUGAAGACGCGCCGCUGGGACCAGAGUUUGGAGAAACCUCAGCUCAACUAUUCAGAGUUCUUCACAGAAGACGUUGGCCAGCUCCCAGGGAUCACCGUCUGGCAGAUCGAGAAUUUUGUGCCCAUAAUGGUGGACGACACCUUCCAUGGGAAGUUCUACGAAGCUGACUGUUACAUUGUUCUGAAGACUUUCCUAGAUGAUAGCGGCUCCUUGACCUGGGAGAUCUACUACUGGAUUGGCCAGGAGUCCUCCCUGGAUAAGAAAGCCUGUUCGGCGAUCCAUGCGGUCAACCUGCGCAACUUCCUGGGGGCCGAGUGCCGGACCAUUCGGGAGGAGAUGGGUGACGAGAGCGAUGAGUUCAUCCAGGUAUUUGAUCAUGAGAUCUCUUACAUAGAAGGGGGCACAGUGAGCGGCUUCUACACCGUGGAAGACGCCCAUUACGUCACCAGGCUUUACCGCGUUUAUGGAAAGAAGAAUAUAAAAUUGGAGCCGGUUCCUCUGAAAGCAUCUGCUUUGGAUCCUCGCUUCGUCUUCCUGUUGGACCACGGCCUUGAGAUUUACAUCUGGAGGGGCAGCCAGGCUACUCUGAAUGGUACCACCAAAGCCAGGCUCUUUGCCGAGAAGAUCAACAAGAAUGAGCGGAAGGGCAAGGCGGAAAUCCUGCUGCUGGCUCAGACCGAGGAGACCCCUGAGUUCUGGGAAGUCCUAGGUGGGCAGCCAGAAGAGAUCAAGGCCAACGUCCCCGAUGACUUCAAGCCACCGAGACCCAAGCUGUACAAGGUUGGCUUGGGACUGGGCUAUUUGGAGUUGCCCCAGAUCAACUACCGGCUCUCCGUCGAGCACAAGAAAAGGCCAAAGGUGGACCUGUUGCCAGAAAUGAGACUGCUCCAAAGCCUGCUGGACACCAAGUCAGUCUACAUUCUGGACUGCUGGUCAGACGUCUUCAUUUGGAUUGGCCGGAAGUCCCCACGCCUGGUGCGGGCGGCUGCUCUCAAGCUGGGCCAGGAGCUGUGCAGCAUGCUUCAUCGCCCCAAGCACGCCAUGGUCAUCCGCAACCUGGAGGGAACCGAGUGCCAGGUCUUCAAAUCCAAAUUCAAGAACUGGGAUGACGUGCUAAUGGUGGAUUAUACCCGCAACGCCGAGGCGGUCCAUCAGCCCGGUGGGCUCUCGGGGAAGGUGCAGAAGGAUGCUGAGAAGAAGGACCAGCUCAAGGCUGACCUGACUGCCCUCUUUCUGCCACGCCAGCCCCCGAUGCCUCUGAGCGAGGCAGAGCAGCUCAUGGAAGAAUGGAACGAGGAUUUGGACGGCAUGGAAGGCUUUGUCCUGGAGAACAAGAAGUUUGCCCGCUUGCCCGAAGAGGAGUUUGGACACUUCUACACCCAGGACUGCUACGUCUUUCUGUGCCGGUACUGGAUCCCCGUGGAGACCGAGGAGGACGAGGAGAAGAAGAAGAAGAAGGAGGGAGGGGAAGGGGAGGACGGCGGAGAGAAGGAGGAGGAGGAGGAGGAGGUGGCGGAGGAAGAAGAGAAGCAGCCGGAAGAAGACUUCCAGUGCGUGGUUUACUUCUGGCAGGGCCGUGAGGCCUCCAACAUGGGGUGGCUGACCUUCACGUUCAGCCUGCAGAAGAAGUUUGAGAACCUCUUCCCCGGCAAGCUGGAGGUGGUGCGCAUGACGCAGCAGCAAGAGAACCCCAAGUUCCUGUCCCACUUCAAGAGGAAAUUCAUCAUCCACAAGGGCAAAAGGAAAGCCAAGGAUGCCAGCCUCCAACCCAGCCUCCACCACAUCCGCACCAACGGCAGCGCGCUCUGUACCCGGUGCAUCCAGAUCAACACGGACUCCAGCCUUCUGAACUCUGAAUUCUGCUUCAUCCUGAAGGUUCCCUUCGAGAGCUCCGACAACCAGGGCAUCGUGUACACCUGGGUCGGCCGAGCUGCCAACCCCGACGAAGCCAAGCUGGCCGAGGAUAUCAUGAACCACAUGUUCGACGACUCCUACAGCAAACAGGCGAUCAACGAGGGAGAAGAGCCGGAGAAUUUCUUUUGGGUCGGGAUCGGAGCCCAGAAACCUUACGAUGGAGACGCCGACUACAUGAACUUCUCCCGCCUGUUCAGGUGCUCCAACGAAAGGGGGUACUUCGCGGUGUCCGAAAAGUGCUCCGACUUCUGCCAGGACGACCUGGCCGACGACGACAUCAUGUUGCUCGACAACGGCUGCGAGGUCUACAUGUGGGUGGGGACGCAGACAAGCCAAGUAGAGAUCAAGCUGAGCCUCAAAGCUUGCCAGGUCUACAUCCAGCACAUGCGCUCGAAAGAUCCGACGCGCCCCCGGAAACUGCGCCUGGUCCGCAAAGGCAACGAGCCGAUUCGCUUCACCCGCUGCUUCCACGCCUGGAGCGAUUUCCGGAAACCCCCGGCUUAACGGCGGUCGGUCCAGAGCCUCCGUCCCCUGCCGCGGACCGUGGCCCGCACGGGAAUUCCCAAAGGGGUGGAUUUUGUAGCCGUGUCCCAGCGCCGGGUGGGCUGACCUGCCCUUCACUGCAGCCUCUUCUCUUCAAGUAGCGGACGGGGCCGACGUUGCUCAAGGAGAGGGAGUGAACCUGAACCUGCCCCCACCCCCCAAAAGGUCAAUCUCCCUCUGCCAUUUCCAGGACCAGCCAAAUUCCCUUCCCCCCCGC